AUGCUGCUCAGAAGCUUCCACUUCAGAUCACAGAACGUAGUCUGCGGCAGCGGCAAAAAUCUAUCGGCAGAUGAUGCAACGCAGCAAUUUCCCGCCUGUCGUCGAUCACUGCUCCCAAUUUCCACGGGGAAAGAAAUUGAAGCUUCGAUCGAGAAGAUACGACAGAGGUUGUUCGGAGGGAAAAUGGAGAACACGGAUGGAUCGUGGGGGUGGGGAAAUUAUUCUUCUCCUACUCUGGUGAAAGACUCACUGAGUUGCACUUUGGCCUGCUUGCUUGCUCUCCGCAAGUGGAACGUUGCUCCACAACUCGUCCAUAAGGGUCUGAACUUCAUUGGAUCAAACGGCAGGGCAAUUUCUUGCAACGAAUCUUAUUCUCCGAUAGGGUUUGACAUCGUGUUUCCCCAUAUGAUAAGCUGUGGAUACGACAUGGGUUUGAAUCUGCCUUUCGACCCUAUUUUAGUGGAUUCCUUGCUACGAAAGCGAGACACACUGCUUAAGAGGAAUGGGAACUCGGGAUAUAUUGCUGAAGGACUUGGAGUGUCUUGCAACUGGAAGAAGAUAUUGACUCAGCAGAGUAAGAAUGGAUCUCUUUUCAAUUCACCAGCCACAACUGCAGCUGCCUUGAUUCAUACCCACGAUGAUAAAUGCUUUCAAUAUUUGCUUGAUGUUCUUGGAGUUUUCGAGAGAUGGGUUCCAAGUGCUUAUCCUUCGGAUAUAUACUCAAAACUCUGCAUUGUGGACACCCUUGAAAGGCUGGGAAUAGCUAAGCAUUUUCUAGGUGAUAUUGACAAUAUUAUAGAUGAAACAUACAGGUUAUGGCUGCAGAAGGAAGAGGAGAUUUUUGCAGACAUUAGGUGUCUAUCCUUGGCAUUUCGACACCUACGAAUGAAAGGAUUUGCUGUUUCCUCAGAUAAAUUGGCAGAAUUUGUUGAUCAGGAUCAUUUCCUGGGGUCUGUGAAUCUAGAAUUCACUGGUGUGGAUACAAUUCUCGAGCUUUACAGAGCCUCACAUCUGAGGAUGUCUGAGGGAGAAGUUGCACUAGAGAAAAUACAUUCCUGGACUGGCACAUUCCUGAAGCAGCAGUUGUUAGAUCAAGCAAUUUUUGACAAAAGACUGCAGAGACAGGUGGAGACUGAAUUGAGAUUCGAUGGAAUGUCAAAUCUAUUCGAAAAUAUAAGAAGCAUAAAAGAAUACGAUGUGGAGCAUUUUCAAAUGCGAAAAACAGCACACCGAUGUCCCACAUUGUACAAUGAAGAUAUUCUAGCAUUUUUGCAGACAAAGCUUAGCUCUUUCCAAGCUAAAUGCAACGAAGAAAUGCGCUUGCUGACGAGAUGGUACGAGGAUUCCAAGCUGAGCAGCAUGAAGUGUGAAUGCGACGCGGUCAUGUGGUCUUAUGUUGUAGCCUUGCUAGUUUUCAAUGAUCCUCAUCAUUCCGAGGCUCGUAUUUGGUAUACUAAAACAUCAGUUAUUGCAACCUUGUUGGAUGAUUAUUAUGACUUGUAUUCAACCAUAGAUGAAGCUCAAAACUUCACUGAAUUACUCAGAAGUUGGAACAAGAAGAAAGCCAUAAAUUGCUCUCAAGACGAAAAAGUUCUUCUUGCAGCAACAUACAACACUGUAAAUGAGCUGGCAGAGAAUGCAAGAACCAAGCAAGAUCAAUGUUUCAAAGAUGAUAUAAUUAGCAUGUGGAUUGAAAUUGUAAGUUGCUACAUGAAAGAGAAGCAAACUUCAAGCAGCAACAAAAAACCAACCUUGGAUCAGUACUUGUCCUGUUCCUGGAUAACCAUGGGCUGCAAACUCGGCUACACCAUGACCGCACAUUUUCUUGGUGUGAAGGUUACUGAAGACAUUUUAACUAACUCCAAGUGUGCUAACAUGUUGAAGCAUAUUUCAUUGAUCGGCAGACUUCUCAACGAUCUCAGAGGUUUCGAGAGAGAAGAAGAAGAAGGUAAAGUGAACAGCCUGCACCUGCUACUGAAUGAUGGAUUCAGUCUUGAAGAGGCUGCUGCAAAAGCAAAGCAAAUGAUCGAAUACAGCAGAAGAAAUGUGAUGCAGGUGUGCAAUAAUUUGCAUUCGAAACAAAGCCUGGUCCCGAAAGAGUGUGUGGAAAUGAUCUGGGGGACCUAUGAGGCUGUGUGGUAUGUGUACUGCGAAGCUGAUAGGAUCAAAUGCCAGAAGCAAGCCAUUGAGGAUUUGAAUUCACUAAUUCAAGCUCUGUGACUUUGUCCAUGAGUAAUCAAUUGAGGAGGUAUGAUGAUUUUGGUGACUGAGAGUCCAGGGACGAAUAUUUACAAUGAUGCACUACAGUCUACAGUACUCCGUCGUCUCCGAGUGGAGGUAUAUGAACAUCGUAUCCUUCUAUUCUCCUCUAUUACACUGAGA